UCAAAGGUAUUUCCUUGAACGCAGAGAGCGGCGGCAGGCAAUGCUGGAUAAGCCUGAAAACAACCAGCAACUUUUUCAGCCGGAUCCCUUGAAAACCCCUCUCCCUUUCCAGCUGGGGGAUAUUUUGGUGAUCUGUUGGGGGGAUUAUUUUAACUCCAGGAGAGCAAGCCUGACAGCAAGGUCUCUGCCACGGACGCAUCUAUUUAUAUAUUUUUCUCCUUUUUUCUUGUUAACGUCGGCACAGUGAUGUGAAUACAAUACAAUUCCAGGAAUCCACCACUUCCUGGAACAGAUUAAAAGGGAGCAAACAAAAGAUUACUUAGUAGUGGCUUCCCCCCUCCCAGAGCUUCAAGAUUACUUCAAGAGGCAGCGUCCAGGCGAGCUGCAACUCUCUCUGCUCACUUCUUCCACGCGUUUAAGACAAGAGAGAGAUUUAUUUAUUUAUUGAGACGUAUUUAUUGAUUUUUCUUUCCAUUUGUUGCUGGUGAUUUUAUACGCCACCGGGAAGGAGAUUUCUUUCCUUCUCUCAUAUUUUUUUCUUUUCCCCGUGUAAUUUUUUUUAAAAACAAUUCACCUCUGCAAGAGUUCAGUGGAAGACUGCUAAGGUUACGGACCUUUUCUUACUCGUAACUUGCUGAGCAAAGACUUUCUGGAUACCUCAAACUGUCUGCUUUUCAGCGAGUGAUCUCCAAGGUGCUUUUGAGAAGGCUUCUGGGUCUUCAUCCAUCCUUCUUUUUCCGAGUCACUUACUGGCCGAUUGUGGUACCUCCUGUUUGGGAACAAAGACCGACCAUAAAGAAGAAACCGAAAAGAGGGAGAUCUUUCCCCCCAGUUCCCCGAAGACUUGAUGCUCUUUCCUUGGUCCUGGAGUGACAUGAUCCUCUGUGUUCAAGGAUCCCAUCCUUUGCUGGCAGAGGAGAAGAUCAGAAGCCUAUCGCUUGGGGGCCUUGCAGCGAAUCUGUCAGAGCAAGUCAUGCAGCCUCUGUCAGUCACACCUUUCCAAGAAGAGCCUGCCCCACCCUUUGUGGCGCCCACACCGGACAACAGCCCGCCUCAAGCACGAGACCCAGAAGAGGAUCUGCUAUGCAUUGCCAAAACAUUUUCAUAUCUGCAGGAAUCUGGCUGGUACUGGGGCUCUAUCACAGCCAGCGAAGCCAAGCAGCAGCUCCAGAAGAUGCCCGAGGGGACUUUCCUGGUACGGGACAGCACUCACCCCAGCUACUUGUUCACCCUCUCAGUCAAGACCAACCGAGGCCCCACCAACGUGCGCAUCGAAUAUGCCGACAGCAAGUUCCGGCUAGACUCAAACUGCCUCUCCAAGCCUCGCAUUCUGACCUUCCCGGAUGUGGUCAGCCUGAUCCAGCAUUACGUUCUUUCCUGCACCGUGGAGAGCAAAACGGACGCACCUUACCCGCCUCCCAUGCCUUUGCCUCCUAUGCAGAAGGAGGUCUCGGCCGUGCACCUGAAACUCAUCCAGCCUCUCAAGCGCAGGGACAGCCCUCCUAGCCUCCAGCACUUCUGCAGGCUACGGAUCAACCGGUCGACUGCCGAGACAGACCAGUUGCCUCUACCAAAGAGAAUGAAUGACUAUUUGAAACAGUACCCUUUCCAGCUUUGAGGGCGCUGCUGGUUUGCCUCAAGACAAACUAUAGAAGCAAUUUUUUAAAAAAAACAAAAAACUAUAUACAUAAAAUAAAAAUUAAAAACCUGAUGGGACAGUGAUGGGGCUUUUUCCCACCGACAUGGUGUGGUAUUAUUUUAAGUGGGCACAGUAAGUUAACGGCCAGCAGAAGAGAUGGCGUCCAUUAUACCCUCCCCGUAUUUUCUCCCCAGCUAUCCUAAUUCCAUUCCUGUGCCAAGGAGGAGGUGCUGGAAUUGUGGCCAUUCCAGUGCCCAAACCUCAGAGCUUCUCUUUAUUUUCUGACUUUGUCUUUGAGGAAAACACACUUGGCAUGUGCACACUACUUGAAUUUCAGAGUCACCAUCACACCAGGAAUGUCGAAACAUUGUUACUGUCGUUAUUUAUA